AUGAGCCAGCAAUCCAGCAGGGCCACCCAGGUCACCAAGGGCUCCAGUGGCCGCUCUGCCAUUGUGGUGUCUGGCCAGAGCAGCGUCAGCUCCACCAAGUCCAAGUCAGUCUUGUGUCCUGGGGGAACCAGUGCCGCCACGGCCUGUGCCAUGAUCGGGGGUGCCUUUGGCAGCAGGAGCCUGUACAGCCUUGGGGGCAGCAAGAAGAUCUCGCUGAGUGUGGCCGGAGGUGCCGCCCAGGCCGGAGGCUGGGCACGGGGGUACUCGGGUGCCUUUGGAGGAAGUCUGUGUGGGGCUGGAGGAAGGGGCAUGAGAAGUGGCUUUGGAGGAGGCCCUGUGAGUGCUGGAGGGAGAUAUGGCAGCUUUGGAGGAGUUCGUGGUGGAGCUGGGGGCUUUGGGUGUUCAGGGGGGUUUCCCCUGGGCAUCCAGGAGGUGACCAUCAACCAGAGCCUCCUGCAGCCCCUGAACAUGGGGAUCGACCCCCAGAUUGGGGAGGUGAAGAACCGGGAGAAGGAGCAGAUCAAGACUCUCAACAAUAAAUUUGCCUCCUUCAUCGACAAGGUACGGUUCCUGGAGCAGCAGAACAAGGUGCUGGAGACCAAGUGGUGCCUCCUGCAGGAGCAGACGGCCACCUCCAAGGCCAGUGCCAAUGACCUGCAGCCCUUCUUUGAGUCCUACAUUAGCUACCUGCAGGCUCACCUGGACAGGCUGCUGAUGGAGCGGGGUCAGCUGGAUGGGGAGCUGGGUACGAUGCAUGCGCUUAUGGAGGAGUAUAAGAGGAGGUAUGAGGAUGAAUUGAACACACGCUCAGAGGCUGAGAAUGAUUUCAUGGUUCUGAAGAAGGAUGUGGAUACUUCCUAUAUGACCAAAGUGGACUUGGAAAUCAAAACACAGAGUCUGACCAGUGAGGUCAACUUCCUGAGAGCACUCUAUGAAGCUGAGUACAGUCAGGUCUUGUCAGAAUCCAAUGACAUGUCUAUCAUCCUGUCCAUGGACAACAACCGGCACCUGGACCUGGACAGCAUCAUCACCGAGGUCAAGGCCCAGUAUGAGGAGAUUGCCCAGAAGAGCAAGGCUGAGGCCCAGGCUUUGUACCAGACCAAGCUUGGGGAGCUGCAGACAACAGCCAGCAGGCACGGUGAUGACUUGAGGAGCACCAAGAAAGAGAUUGCAGAGCUCAACAGGAUGAUUCAGAGGCUGCGGGCAGAUAUUGACAGUGUCAACAAGCAGAAUACCAAUCUGGAGGCGGAAAUUGCUGACUCUGAGCGGCGGGGUGAGCUGACCCUCAAAGAUGCCCAGGCCAAGUUGGUGGAGUUUAGGGAGGCCCUGCAGCAGGCCAAGGAGGACCUGGCCUAUCUUCUACGGGACUACCAGGAGCUGAUGAACAUCAAGCUGGCCCUGGAUGUGGAGAUCGCCACCUAUCAGAAGCUGCUGGAGGGUGAGGAGUGCAGGAUGUCUGGGGAGUGCCAGAGCCCAGUCAACAAGAACAUUAGUACUGGGGGUAGCAGCAGCAGCAGCAGUGGCCACUGGAGAAACAGAGGUGGCCAGGGCAUCCAAGGGGACAGCAAGUCUAUGACUGGUGGGAAGGGCAUCUGGUCCAGAAGCACCAGCAUCUCUGUAGAUCAGAGUCCCAGACUCUGUAGUUCAUCCUCCUCCUCUUCAUCCAGGAUUGUGCAGACCACUACCAGCAGUGGCCAACACUCUGACAUCAAAUACUGA